AGUGCUUUGUGUGGUAAGUGGUCUUUGAUGAGAGAGAGAGAGAGAGAGAGAGAGAGAACAGCAGCGGAGGCAGCAGCAGCAGCAUGACAACUGAAGAAGGAGAUGCAGUUCAUGUGAAUGUGAUCCCACUGCCUGGGUUCAGAUUCCACCCCACUGAUGAGUUGCUGGUCCGCUACUACUUGAAGAACAAGAUACAGGGCACCGACUCCCAUUUCCGCUACCUCAUCCCUGAAAUCGAUGUCAGCAAGUACGAGCCCUGGGAAAUUCCUGCAUUCUUCCCAGAAGUUCAUGAGAAUGAAUGGUUCUUCUUCACCCGGCCCAAAUACAAGGACAUCGACAAGACUCGCCGAGACAGGGCCACGGAUCAAGGCUUUUACAAGAGCACAGGAGACGAGCGGGAGAUCAGGGCUGAAGAAUCCGAAUCUGUGAUUGGGAAGAAGAGGUUUCUGACUUUCCACGAAGGUCGUGGGCUGAAAGCAAAGAAGACCGAUUGGGUAAUCCAUGAGUUUAAAGAAACUGAGGUGGGUUCCUUUGUCCUCUGCCUCCUGAAGAACAGGUCACCUAGUUAUAAGAAGCCGAAGGGUGAUCCAAUCUGCGGCAAAUUAGCUGAUUCAGGUGCUAACUCGGAAGACAAUCAAGCUGCGGUAAGUGAUGUGAUUCCAGAGCCAGUGGAACAUCUGGGAUACAAAGGGCGAGGAGAUGUUAAUAGCUCUGAGUCUCCAGAUGGUUCUCGUCUUAUAGACAGUAAUAACAUUUUGAGCUUUGAUGAUGGUGAUGAUGAAACUGGUGACUGGAAAUUCCCGGAUUUGGAUGAUCCAACUGCAUUUGCUAGGUUUCUAGAGUUGCGUGCUGAGAUGGAAGAAAUUCUGAAUUCACCCCCUCAAACACCGCACCAGACACCACAAGACUACCUUUCCUCUACAUUCCUGUCAUCAGGAAACAUACAGCUGGGAGCUGUUCUGCAAGCCAAUGGCACUAGUGAUGAUUGUAAUACAAUACAAUCACCAUUUGGAGAUAAUAAUUAUUCUUAUACUGAUAAGAAUGAUAUUUCAACCUGUGAUGAAGGUGAACCUCAUAGCUUCACCGUGUCUGAUUUCGAAAAUAAAGCUGCAGAUGAUAUGUCUCAAGAGCCAUGUGUUCAACCAGAAAAAUAUCUAGGAGGCGUUCUGCAUACCGAUAUUUGUGACAACGGCUACAACAAUUGUCAACCUACAUGUGGGGAUAAAGAUUCUUAUCUGAAGAGUAUUUCAACCAAUGAUAAGGAUAAACAAUUUAGCAGCAUCGCUUCUAAUUUUGAAAAUCAAACUACGAAUAAAAGGAAGAGGUAGCUGGCAGCAAUUGAAAACAUUCUUUCAAUUUCCCGAAAAUAUCUCCCUGAAGUCGUUAAUCAAGUCCUCAGCGGAAUGACGAUUCAACCAAGCCGUAGUUCUCGCCUUAUUGGCAAUGCUUUUAUUUGUCCUGCAGUUGUUGGUGCAUGGUUGCUGGAGUUUCUAUCAGUCUACAUAUGAUCGAUAAUAAAGAUGUGAUUUUGUGUAUAAUUGGAAUGAUUAUCAAACUAUAUGGUUGUAGUCUAAGAUCUAAAACCUUUCUAUAAGUAUAUCCUUGUGUAUUUUAUCAGAAGCUGUUAAUAUUGAAUGGAAUUUGGCGUAUUGUUUUCUCUU